AUGUCAAUAUAUAGUGAAAAUAGCGAAGCUAGCACUGCUAAUUCUGUUUUUGAAUCUGUUUCCAAUUCUCAACUGCAAAAUUCCGUUUUUGAAACCUCCUUCAAAGACGUUAACAGCGCCUUCUUUCACCGGGGACACAAAGCUGAGAGUGUAGCCGAAUAUCUAUAUAAAAUCCGCGAUGAUAGUAAUAAUUAUGAAUUUCUUGGUACAGAUACCGAGGAUGGAAUAGAAGCCAUACUUAGUGAACGGCAAGGACAUUCAUUACACGAAAUCAUUGAUGGAGAUGAUCCACUUCGUCCUUUUAUCGAUUUUGAUUUACCUAUUGAAUGUCUCAAUAAAAUAGAACCAAAAAAUACACCUGUAGAGGCGCGAAAUUUACUUUGCCGUGCCUUUAAAGAAGUCUGUUUAGAGAUAUAUCCAGAUUGGGAUAAAACCACUCUGACUAUUGCUAGUAGUAGCGAUUCGAAAAAAAUAUCACUCCACAUAUCAACAUGUGGUCUCCGACUCAAAAAUAUUUCCAAAGUUGCAAAAUUUACUGAGCUUGUACGAAAAAAGCUUCCGAUAGCUUUACAAAGCAAGAAUAUUGUCGAUAACAUAGCAAAUAAAAAAUCAUUUUCUUUACGGAUUGUUGGAACACCAAAAUUCAUCGAAAAAACUAAUGAGCAUGUACAAGUAAAGAAAGCACUAUAUCCAAAAGAUGGAUCUAUUUUUGAUUUUAUGCUUUGUCCUCCUCAUGAUGAAUCGCCAGUUAUAGAUAGUUCUCUCUUAUCUAUCUCGGAGUACGUAGCAACAAAAAUUUCUAACACAUGUACUACUGAGGAUAUUGAAAUCGAACUCAAUUUGGUUGCAAAAUUAUUAGAAGAAUUCGAAAUUGAAGGAUACGAACUUUCAUGUCCACAUGAAAGUUUUCCUGAUACUUUUCCUCUUAAACAGGUAACUCCAGCAUUUUGCCCAUUAUGUUAUCGAGAAUAUGGUUAUAAAGAUCCACAUACAAGCGAUAAUGCAUAUGUUAUCCGAAACAAAAAAUCGUAUAGUUUCUAUUGUCAUCGUGCGAAUAAUAGUAGGGAAGCUGGAUCUAGAAAACCUUCAAUAAAGUUGACCAUUAAAGAAAAAACUUCGGAACGAGAAGAGAGCCUUCUGGUUCCAGAAAAAAUAAACCAACCUAGAAUAACGGAUCCAAAUGAUCGUUUUGUAUGGGGCGACUUAAUUGACAUGUGUUCAUCGGGAGAAAAGUAUACCCAUAAUAAGGUUUACGAAGCUAUCCAAGCAACAAUUGCAUAUAUCGAUAGAGGUAAAAAGUUUUGGAUAUUUAAAGUUGAAGAUGAAGAUGAAGAUGGCGGGCUUACCUUUGAAUUUGUACCCAAACUAGAACUUGCUAAUUAUGAGAUUAAUAUAAUCGAAUUUGGAGGAGAAUCAAUAAAGUUAAGAUCAUUAAUAGAUCGAGCAGUUACCAAAAGUCUAAUUCAUUAUCGCAAAAUCAACUUUCUUCCAUACCCACCAAAUGUAAUUCCACCAAAAACAAAUUUCUUUAAUCUUUUCCUGGGAUUUACAGCUACACCAGCACCAGAAAUUAAUAAAGAAAUUAUGGAUCCUAUCCUUUGGCACGUAAAAAAUGUAAUUUGUGAUGAAAAUAAUGAACUUAUCGAAUAUAUCUGGAACUGGUGGGCAUUCUUAGUGCAAAAACCAGAAAAAAAACCUCGUUCAAUCUGUGUAUUAAA